AUGGAGGAAGGGGAUGAAUACGUUCCCCAAAUAUCCCAAAUCGACUACAAUCUGAUCGAUAAUAAUGGCACCAACAGACAGGGUAACUACUAUAAUCAGUUAAACCAGGUGGGAGAUAUGUAUGGCAACAUGCAAAGGCCUGCACAACAAAUCCAGCAACCAAACCAGCAACACCACAUGGCCCCAAACCAGCAGAACUACAUGAAUAUGCACGGCUAUCCCCCGCCACAACAGAUGCAAGGCCAACCGUCCAUCCCACCAAUGUCAGCAGCAACACCAGCUACUAAAGGAAAGCGAGGAGGUGGGAGGAAAAAGGCUAACACUACUGUCACCACCACCCCCGACAAUAAAUACGGCGUUGGAGCCCAGAACAUGAUGUAUCCGUCAAAUUACCAAAUGCCCGGACAACAACAGGUUCCUCUACAUGCAAAUACACCACAAGGCAUGAGACCGGCCAAUCCAGCAUACGGUAAUUACAUGGGGGGAUACCCACAGAAUUCAAAAUGGAUGGAGUACGGCCAAAUGCAACAAGGUCAGCAAUUUCGAUGUGCCCCGCCCCAACAACCAUACCCCGGCUACAAUGGGCCGCCGCAACAGGUAACAUAGAAGAUUAUUUUUUACAUUCCUGGAUUUAGGGAUACUAUCCGCAAGGGAUGCAACCUAACCAGCAGCAGUCGCAGCAACAACAACAAAUGCAGCAAAACAGAUCACAAUUUUAUGGGCAACAAGGAUAUCAGAACAUGGGAUACUCGAGUCAGCCCCCACCUCGGUAUCCUAUGAAUUCUCAGCAAGGAUAUUACCAAGAUCCAGCCGGCUACCCCGGAUACAAUCAGCAGUAUUCGCAAAUGAAUCAGUCGGCCCAGGCUACUAAGACCGGUCCUUCCGGAAAUGGAACCCAAGGGCAUCCCUCAGUGUCUCAGAACUCUGUGUCUCAGCCUUCGACCUACUCUGCAGCGGCAGCACCCAUUGGCAAGUUUACUUAUAUUUCUUUUAUUUUUUUCAAAAUCUCUAAUAUGUAUUAAUGUAUAUCAAUUUAAAUUUAGGACCCCCAACGAAUGGGUCGUAUCCCCAGCCGCCCGCUCCUUCAUCGAGUGGCCUGCGUCAGCCUUAUAAUGGAUUGCCGUCCCAACAACCACCUUCUAAUCAGUUCCACCCUCAACCGCAAUUCUAUAAUCAAGGAAUGAUGAAUCAGCUGCAACAAGGCAUCACCGAUAUGGAACGUCAACUUCAUUACAUGCUGCAACAACCCCCAGGGCCAGAAGUUAGCAGCAGAAUUGAACAGCUACAAGUGAGAAUUAACCAAAUGAAAGCUCAACAUCAACAAGCCACGACAAUGGGAAUUUCUAAUGGGAAGCCGGGGCCCCCGUCUUCCCAGCCUCCUUCUGCCAUGAUACCAGGUCAGCAUUCAAGGAUGGGCCCGACGCCUCAGCCAUCAGUAUAUCCGGGCUACCCGGGUUCUCUUUCUGAGCAAUCCAUCCAUUCUGUUAACUCGAUAAGCUCGGAUGCUUCUGGGACUCCGAACUCUCAGAAACCACCUUCAGUAGGGCCAAUUCCGAUGGUCCCACACAAUGUUCUGCCUUCACAUUCGGCAUCUUCUGUCUCUGUAAUGCAAACCGCAGCUAGCCAAGUCCAGGUACGUCAAAACGAAGUUAUUUUUAUUAAUAUUUUAGGUUAAUAUUACACCGGAAGCAACCGGACGGACUUUGAUAAGUGUAUACCAUCAAUUCCCUUCGACGACUGCAACCACGACUGACUCGACUGCCCAAAACAGUAUGAAAGACUCGGUUCCCCCAGAACCAGUCCCUUCCUCUUUAUCUAACGGGUAUCCAUCCAAAAAUGGCUCAAGCGCUUCAAUUUUGUGUCCAUCUCCUGCCGUAUCCAACCCCCAAAUAUCAUCAGCUCCCUAUCCCCAUUCCUCCACAUUUCGGUCUCCGAUUUCCUCACAAUCAAUCUCUUCGGAUGUCUCCAGAAUCCUCACAGACCAGACUCCAGCUCCAUCGCAUGGCGUUUCGGAAGAAUCACUUUCAGUUAAAGAAGAAACUCCAUCUCAGCCUCCCAUCGACAACGACAUUCCGCAGUAUUCGUACCCUGCUCAAUCCUCCAAUGUUCCCGGAGUAGAGAUGAAAGCAGAAUCUGAAAAAGUAAAGUCACCCGAACUGGAAGCCCCAGUUCCUAGUGAGGAAGACAUUCAGGCAUCCGCCAGCUUUGCAAAGAAAGAAGCUAAAUCGUCAGCUGAAUUUACUGUGAAACCAACCCCUGCAACAGAGGUCAUCGAAGGAAACUUCGAAGAACAGAUUAAACCCAAAAAACCGGUGGCCAAGACACCGAAGAGGACUCCAGUUCCCAUUCGGAAACGGAAGAAGGCGGCCAGCGAACCAAGCUCAGAUGAAGACCAUGACUUUACAGUGGAAGUCAAGAAGUAAGUAUCUAAUAUGUACUAAUUCAUAAUCCUCGUUUUUAGGAAGAAAGGAAAAGCUCAAGCAAUACAACAGCAAUCCGAAGAGAUUGAUCCCUCGCUUUCUGAAUUUGUUGAAGUAAGUUUCAAUUUUUAAUGAUUAUUUAAAUUUUUAGAAGCGGCGAUCAGGACGGACAAAAAAUGAAAAGCGAUACGAAGAUAGGAUGGACAUCGAUGACGAACUUAACGAGGUUAUGGAUCCAUGUACAAGUUUUUUGGAAGACACAUCGGCGGCUGCAGAGUUUGUUGUAGAAAAGAUUCUUGGAAUGAGGACAUCAAUGAGGAAAAAGGUCAAAGAAAUGAACGAUGAUUUUACUGAAGAAAAGAGAAAUGAAAGCGAGUUGAGUGGAGAUGUAGAAGAGAACAACGAAGCGGCCACCGGAGAAAUAAAAAAAGAAAACGAGGAACUAAAGGAGAAAGAAAGUAAAGAAGAAAAGAAAGAAAAUUCAACAGAAAACGACGAAGAGACGGAAGAAGAGGUCGAAGAAUUCUUUGUAAAGUUCAAAAACAAGUCGUAUAUGCACUGUGAAUGGAAAACCCUGGACGAAUUGGAAGCUUUGGACAAACGAGUCAUUCCCAAAGUAAAUCGGUUCAAGGCAAAAUGGGUUGAGGACAACGAAUACUUUAACCCUGAUUAUACAAUAGUGGAUAGAGUAGUGGACGAACAUAUCGAUGAUGACGGUGAGCAUUCUGCUCUAGUCAAAUGGAAAAGUUUACAAUACGAAGAAUCUACAUGGGAAGACAUAAGCAUUGUGCCAACGAAGAAGAUGGAAGAAUACUACCGAGAUAACAUUGUAGACCCGCUGAAGGUGGUAAGUUAGAUCCCCAAUUAUUAGUCCGUAUUUUAGAAAGAGACCCCCAGACCAUCUCCAAAUGAUUGGGAAGAGAUUAAAGAUACUCGCGAGUACAAAGAUGGAAACACUCUUCGGGAAUAUCAAGUCGUUGGAGUUAAUUGGCUGCUCUUCUGCUACUACAAUGGGUAAGUAACGGGAUCAAUAACAUUAUACAUUUUAGACGAAACUGUAUUCUGGCAGACGAAAUGGGUCUGGGUAAAACAGUCCAAACGAUUACCUUUCUUCAAGGCGUGUAUGACGUGGGGAUACAUGGACCUUUUAUGGUUGUAGUUCCCUUGUCAACUCUCCCAAAUUGGGAAAGGGAAUUUGAAACAUGGACGGACAUGAAUUGUGUGGUUUAUUACGGAACCUCGGCAAGUCGAGAGAUGAUUCAGAACUACGAGAUGUAUUACGAAAAGAAUGACACUAAGGUAAAUUGAAGUGAUUUAAUUAAAAACAGUUUUUUUUUCAGAAGAAGAAGGUUCCCAAGUUUGAUGUCUUGCUUACCACUUUUGAAAUGGUGAUAUCUGAUGUGGAUAUAUUAAAGAAGAUUAAUUAUCGAGUCUGUGUCAUUGAUGAAGCCCAUCGGUUAAAGAACAGGAAUAGCAAACUUUUAACCAACGGGCUACUGUCGUUCAACUUCGAACAUCGUGUUCUUCUUACUGGAACGCCGCUUCAAAAUAAUAUUCAAGAAUUAUAUUCGCUUCUGAGCUUUCUGGAGCCCGAACGAUUUCACAGUUCCGAUCUUUUCCUUCAAGAGUUCGGCCAAUGUCAAACGGAAGAACAGGUACAAAAAUUGCAAGAGAUUUUGAAACCGAUGAUGUUACGGCGAUUGAAGGAGGAUGUGGAGAAAACCUUACAACCGAAGGAAGAAACAAUUAUCGAAGUAAGUGAUACAAUCUCUUUCAUUCCUCCUUUAGGUCCAACUUUCAAACAUCCAAAAGAAGUAUUACCGUGCUAUUCUUGAAAGAAACUUCACUCAUUUGCUGAAGGGAUCCAUGCCAUCCUUAAUGAAUACAAUGAUGGAGCUCCGAAAAUGUUGUAAUCAUCCUUUUUUGAUCAAAGGAGCUGAAGAACAGAUACUUGCCGAACUAAAGCCGAUUCAUGCCAGUAAAACAGAGGAUGAACUUAACAAUCUUGCCCUCAUUCAAUCUUCCGGAAAACUGGUCCUAAUUGAUAAGCUAUUACCAAAGUUGAGGCAAGAUGGUCACAAAGUACUUAUCUUCUCUCAGAUGGUCAAAGUUUUGGAUAUUUUGGAGGAAUUCUUGGUCCAAAUGAAUUAUUCAUUCGAGCGAAUCGACGGAAAUGUGAGAGGUGACCUUCGACAAGCAGCUAUCGACCGCUUCAGUCGACCAGACUCCGAUCGAUUUGUAUUUUUGCUGUGCACUCGAGCCGGGGGACUUGGAAUUAACCUCACCGCCGCUGAUACUGUUAUAAUCUUUGACUCUGAUUGGAAUCCUCAAAACGAUCUACAAGCUCAAGCAAGAUGUCACCGCAUUGGUCAAACGAAAAUGGUGAAGGUUUAUCGUUUGAUUACGACAAACACAUACGAAAGGGAAAUGUUUGACAAAGCGUCAUUGAAGCUUGGUCUGGAUAAGGCCGUAUUACAAUCGAUGACACCAAAGGAUAACAGCCAACAGCUCACACGACAAGAAGUGGAAGAUCUCCUCAAGAAAGGAGCAUAUGGCGCUGUCAUGGAUGAAGAUAAUGAAGGCAGCAAAUUCAGCGAAGAAGAUAUUGACACCAUCCUUAGCCGACGAACCCAAACCAUAAAGCUGGAGCCUGGAAUUAAAGGAUCCACAUUUGCCAAAGCUUCCUUUACCUCAUCCAGUAAUCGAGAAGACAUUGACGUCAACGAUCCCAACUUCUGGUCUAAAUGGGCCAAGAAAGCGAACGUUGAUGUAGACGCAGGAAAUAAUGAUCUUAUCCUUCUGGAGCCGCGGGCACGAAGAAAACGAUUUGAAGAAGGAUACAAAGGACUCCAUGAAGGCGAAAGCGAUGGUGAUGAUGGAAGUGAGGGCCGAAAGAGCGCAGACUUUUCCAAAAACAGAAGUGGGAAGAAGAGAAAACGAGGGGAUGAUGACGACGACUACGUUAACUAUGUCCCGGAUGAGCUUACUUUUAAUAAGUCAGAGUAUUUCAAAGUCGAGAAACUUCUGAACACUUGGGGAUGGGGUCGAUGGAAGGUCAUGAAGGAACAGUCUGAUACUGCGCUAGGAGUCAACGACAUUGAGCAUAUUGCAAGAACGUUGUUGCUGCACAACAUUCGGGAGCACAAAGGUGACGAAAAGACCAAAGAAUUUGUGUAUCACCUGAUCACACCGAAUGGCGAAUCCUCGAGAAGUGACAGAAAAUCCCGUGGGGAUUACAAUGAAGGGUGGGCCGGUCUACCGGAAUAUAACCCUCCUAAUUUUGCCAUUGAUGUUUCUUUCACCCGACAUAUUCAUCGACAUGCCAACAAACUCCUACACAGAAUGUUCCACUUGUUCUUACUUCAGAAUCAUCUCAUCAGCAAAGAGGAUGCGACAAAAAUAAAUGAUGACAAAGAUUACAAACAAAUUGAUGUCAAAGUUCCCACCGUUGGAGAUCCCCCAUUGCCCAAUUGGGAUUCCGACUGCGAUAAAUGUUUCAUAAUAGGAAUUUAUAAACACGGUAGGUAAUUCGACAAAGAACGUAAUAUGUAAAAAAUCGAUAAUUUAGGAAUGGAAAAUUACGAGGCCAUUAAAAGAGACGACAAAUUAUGCUUCAUAGAAAAAAAUAUCGAAGAAAUGCCAUCCACAUUUGAACUGAACACACGGUUCAAAAGAGUUAUGUUGCUUGUAAGCCGUCAGUUGGAGAUGUCAAUGUCAAGCACUUCAAACUCUUCGUCAUCAGCAAAAUGGUCAAAGCCAGAAGAAGCCGAAUUUAUGCGCGUGCUUAGAAUAUACGGUGUCAAAGAUGACAACGAAGGACAAAAUGUGAUCAAUUGGAAUAGAUUCCGAGAGCUUUCAACUAAUCUCCAGCACAAGACCGAUGCCCAGAUGCUUGAACAGUUGUACUGCGUAUUGGCAAUGUGCACAAAAGAACAAGGCCGAGAAUUAUCUGCAAUUGAUAUGAGACGCGCAUCGAUGGUGGACCCCAUUCCUGUCAGAAGGGCAGAGAAGUUGAUGAAUCGACUGCAUUUGAUGAGGAAAAUCCAUGCGAUUGUUUCUACUGGAUUGCAGAAAGUGAGAACAUCCCUCAAACUGUGUUCUUCGGAGACAAUGUAUUCAGGAUGGGAAGAAAAACACGACGAACAACUCUUGAUAGUUGUGGAUCAUCAUGGACUCGACAAGAUCACUCAGAAAUUGGCUUCCCAAGCCUGUUUUGAUAGGGUUUGUGAGGUCAAAUACUUAAGUAGUUAAUUUCCAUGUUUUAGUUUGCCAAACAAUUGGAUGAAAACGACCUAAUUCGUCGUGUAGUGGAGAUAUGCACUACAUUAGAAACCGGUAAAUGGAAUGGAAAAGGAAGUGUUGACCUAAUUGAUGAUGAAGAAGGAGCAUUUGACGCACAGACUUUGGCGAUGCUACAAGCUCUUGCUGGGCAAGCCUCUGCCAUCCCAUCCUCUUCUCGUUUAUCGUCGUCUCAACACAAAAAAAACAAGAAAAAGGCGAGUGUCUCAGCAGCAUCAAGCUCACAACAGCUCGGGAACUUUGUAAGCAGAAAAACUUGUAAAGAAAAACUAUCCCAUGAAUUUUCAGAACGAUCCUGCAUAUCUCCUUUCUAUGAUGAAUGCCCUCGGCGUCUCUACAAACUCGUCUCCCCAACAACAAAUGCAACAAUUUAACAAUCUGCUCGGAUUGCUAACACUGAUGGGUCCGAUGAUGACUAAUGGCGCAAACGAUCCGGCAUCAAAACAGGUAAUGCAGAUGUUGGUGGCCAUGAUGGGAAACAACGACGCCCUGAAUCUAUCGACGACCACAUCAGGGGCGAAAGCAACAUCACAGACAGCCAAAGUAGCCGCUCGAAAUUCAACCACUUCUACACCAAACGCCAGUACACCUGCACCAUCUACUACUGCCGCUACGAAUGCGGCAUCUACCCCAACUAAUGUAACUCCAAGCACUAAAAAGGAAUCAAUAAAGCCUGAAGACCUUUCAAUGCAAGAAAUUCUCAAAUGUUUAAAUUACACGAAAGGUAAGCACGAUAAAAACUUUACAAGGAAAGGUCCCGAAAUGUGGCGCUCCUUCAAAUUUGGUACAGCGAUAGUGAUAGGCGGUAUCAAGAAUAUUCUUUCUAGAAAUUUUUAGUGCGCGCUUUAAAGUUUCAACCGAGUCACAGUACUAGAAAGGUGACUUUUGGGAACAAAAAUAGAACGUAAAUAAACGGCGAUGAAGGAAGAAAAGAGGGGGUAAUGGAGAUGUCGAGCCUGGAAACCGCCACCUCGACCGGCUUCUGGGAGCCGCGAUAAUCGACCAACAAGUUUGGUCAAAAAAUGUUUGAUUAAUAAUGUUAAUAUUUACGUAUAAUACGCAUAAAAUCUAAAAACAUUACUCUACGUAAGUUUUAACACUAUUAUUCAAACAUCACCCACGGAAAAUUCAUCGCAAAAUAUGCAAAAAUUUUAUCUUACCAGUAAAUUAACUGAAUUAUAGCAGCAUGCAGCAGCUUUAUAAAAUUUUUACAAGUUUACUAGUCGCGACAUAAAGUCCUGACACAUUUUGCACCGUGCAUUCUUCUUUCAUUUCAUCCGCACUGUGCAUCUUUUCGCAUUUGUCGCCGCGAUUUCCCGUUUUUGCACUAGCGACGUGCACUUUCGCGCGCGACAAACCCGAAUUUGGGGGCGCGACGUCCAAACCCCGAACUUUCGCACGGUGCAAAAUGUGGAUUAUUUCGGCUCCCAGAGGCCGACAGAGGUAGCGGUUUUCAGAUUCGAUACCAUUGUCCCAUUCUUUCCAUCGCUGUAAUAGCACGUCGGGACAUUUACUUGUUAGUUGUAGGUUCACACAUCCCUGUCAUGAACGUUGAAACACACGAGAAACUCUCGGGAUCAAAGGCGCCAACCUUAGAAAAUCUCGAAACGUGGCUUGCCGCCAACAGCAAAUACCAAGUUGAUAGCGAAGCUGCGCUUGGUGCUGCUACGGCAGCAAUUUCUGCAUCUGCAAUCAAUGAGAGCAAGAAGCCACCACCAGCACCCGGAAAGGUCGAGAAACCCUCAAGCGCAUCAUCGGUGGCAACAAAGCCUGCAACCAAGAUGGAUGAGCCUAAGAUUGCCGUAGUCACACGAUCAACAGGCCAAUUGCUUCCAGAAGACAAGUGGCCUAGUCUAUCGGAACUCGCCGCUUAUCUAGACAAGAAUCCCGGAGUUGACGUUCAGGAUUCUUUUGGUGCUGCGGUUAAGGUAAGUUUACAAUUCAUUUGCCAAACAUUUGAAUGGGAAAACCUUUAAAUCGUCUUCCAGGCAAUUUUACCCGCGGCAUACCACCAACGCAUCAGCAAAGCAACUUCUGCAAAGGUUCCAGCGACCAACAGUAGCAAUUCACUCAGUGUCUUGGAGCAAAGCCUUCUUCAAAGCAUCGGCAUGAAUAGUUCUAACCCAAUGGAAAGCCUACAGAUGCAAUUGAUGGUUCAACAGCUUAUGCUGGGUUCAUCCAUGCAGAAUGCGUACAACCCAUACUUACUGAUGUCAGGUAACACAGGCGCUUCACUAGGAGCAUCUACAGCUACCACUUCUGGGAACAGCAUUGACUCGGCGAUUAUGGCGAUGCUUGCGGCGGGGGGCGUGCCGAUCACCACAACACCUGCGUCUAAACCAAGCACAACAUCUGCAGCGUCAAGCCUCGUUUCGUUAUUAGGCGCAGGAAGUCAGAGCUCGGGUGCAAAUCAAUCACUAAAUGAUAUGUUGACCAACGAAUUGUUGACGAACCCUGCAUUACUAACCCAACUUAUGAGUAGUGGAGGAACCAACAGUACAGCUCUCAACUCUUUGGGACUUGGCCCACUGAACAACAUGGACAUAAGCACGGCCUUACAGAUGACGUUACUGAAUUCAGCAUUAGGCGAAAUGACACAAUCCAAUAGUCAGUCGCUCGCGUCUCCCUCGACCUCAAAGAAAACUUCCUCUCAGACGAGUUCCCAAGCGGGAAAGGCUAGUAAAUUGAACGCCGUUGUAGAAAAGCUGGCCUCCUCUUCCCAAAACAACAAUGGCGAUCGCUGA